AGAAGGAGGGUGUGUUUCUGUGUGGGUGAGAGAGAGGAGGAGGGGGGGAGAGAGAAAGAGAGAGAGAGAGAGAGACCCAGCCUCUCUCAGAUCCCGGCAGUGGUGAAGACACUCAGGAGAAGUGCGUUCACAGGGCAGCAGGAAGAGACAGCACUGCCACAGAGGCAAGUGGAAUGUGCCUCUGUUUUCUCCAAACCUCCUUACACAAUCACGCUGGGCUGCCUUUUGGAGACUGGACAUAUCCUCCCCUCACAGACACAUACGUAGAUCACUUUCUGCCUGGAACACCAGCUGCACAACUCAGCUGCUCCGUCAGAGGUGGCAGAGCUCUAGAGUAAGUGACAGGAGACAGAGAGAAUAAGAUCAGACUAAGGGGAUUGAAAUUUCCCUGAAGAUUACAGGAUAAAAGGUCCUCUCACCCAGAUUUGGUGCCAUGCUGUGCUGACCUGAGCUAAACCACAACAUCAAGACUUAAAAGAAUUUUUUUUUUCCAUCAUACGGACUCAGCCUGGUACCAGAUGGAGCUGAAAGUGUGGGUGGACGGUGUGGUGCGGGUGGUGUGUGGCCUUUCUGAAGAAACAUCCUGCCAAGAUGUGGUCAUUGCCUUGGCACAGGCCAUUGGUCAGACUGGCCGUUAUGUUCUAAUCCAGCGUCUUCGGGACACUGAGAGGCAGCUGUUGGCCACAGAGAGACCUCUGGAGUCUCUGGCUAAAUUAGGUCAGCAUGGAAGUGAAGUUCAGUUUUUCCUCCGGCGCACAGGCCCUAGCAGCAGUGACGGACCUGGGUCAAAACAGGACAGGCCAUCUCCUCUGUCACUGGCCAAACAUUCUGAGCCAGAGCCUUCCAAACGCAACCAACCUAAAAAAGCACUGACCUUUAACCUGGGGCCAUCCUCCUCUCCCAAAACCAAAGCAAAACAGUUCAAGAGGUCACCUCGAGACUCCCCUGAACAGAGAUCCUCCUCGUCUCCUUCCCCUAGCCCUACAUCCUCACAUGUGCCAUCUCCAUCGUCUUCUCCAACCAUAGGCCAUUCCAAAGAGGAAGUCUUUAGGAAAGUUCUUCAACAACAAGAAAGACUAAGAGCCAUUGAGGCUCAACUAGAAGCACUAGAGAAAGACUCACAUUGUCCCUACACUUCUCCAUGUUCCUCUCCGGUGUCCGAUACACGACUGCAGGAAGAAAUAGACACUUUGGAGCAAGUGAUGCGGAGGAACCAGGCUGAGCUUGCCCACGAGCAGUACUGGGAGGAGCAGCUUCAAGUAGAAGUGGAGAGGGAACGAGGGAUGAGGAGAGAGCUCGGGGAGCUUCAUGCCAAACUGGACGAUUGUGGAAGGCGGCUCCACGAAUUUUCUGUUCACUCUGCUCAGCUGGAGCAAGAGAUCAGGCGGGAAAGCGUAGCAGAAGGGGAAACAAACGGACCUGAGGAGUCUCUGGAUGCCGUCAGGGCUGAGCUCCAAAGUCAGGAGAGACAGGGAACGGAGCUAAAGGAGCAGCUGUCUGAGAACGACCAGGCCCUGGGAAAGGCAGAGACUAUGCUGCAGGCCAAACAAGAGGAGCUGGAGGAGCUGAAUAAAGAGCUGAGACAGUGCAACCUCCAGCAGUUUAUCCAACAGACAGGUGUCCUGCCUGUGCACACACAUUUACGGAGCGACUUUCAAGAGCAGCUGGAGCAGUUGGAACUUGCACAUCUUUUACAAGAAGGAUACAGGAAUGGAAGCUGCAGUGCGACUCUGGAAGAAUCCCCUCCUCGCCCGACAGCUAAACAAUUCCUAGGACAUCCACGCAACCUACAAAACCCUCUUGUGUCCAGUCUGAAUCCUGAGGUCCUGACAUCCCGAGAGUCAUCGUGGAGAUAAAACAUGGACCACAGGGCCAAGGGGGAAUCUUGUUCACUGUUCUGUCACCGUCACUUCUUAUUUAACCCUGUUUCUUUGUAGGUCGUGCUACCAUGGUGUACAUAAUGUACAUGAGACAAAAGUAUAUUUACAGAGUAUGUUUUUCUACUCUAACCCUCUGUUCUGUGUCUGUAUGAAAUGUAAAAUAAUUUAGAAUCAUUUUAUUAAGAAAAAUAUCACCAUGACGAUGUAUUUAAGUAUAAUAAAUUGUGUAUUGUUUUAGAUCA